UCAGUCUGAAGCCGUUGGCUGCUACUGAACCGUUUGGCUCUUUUCUCUACUAGCGAGCAAACCUACAAUCUAGACCCAACUGUACAUCCAGCUCCUUUUUCAGGGGAUUUAUCAUCAUAUGUGCCCGUGUAUCCAAAACACAGCGGUCAUUGGGGAUUCCUAGCAGCGGCUGGCCGGCUCUCAGGGCCGUUAUAACGCUUUUUUCGAGGUUUAAUUAGCGCUAGAAAACAACGGUGGUGGAGGAGGAGGAGAUUCCAUAUUAGGAGCACAGAGGAGAAGCACCCCCCUUGUGUGAUUUGGAGCUUUCGGUUCUGAGCCCAUGGUCCAAAGCCCCGACUGAACGUACUGGUGGUGCAAACAGACUUACUACUGUGGCUCGGUGUGUGCGUGCUGACCUCAUGGUGUAACAGGAGUAAAGAUGAGCAUUAGCAGUGAUGAGGUCAACUUCCUGGUCUACAGAUACCUACAGGAGUCAGGGUUCUCCCACUCAGCGUUUACCUUUGGUAUAGAGAGUCACAUCAGCCAGUCCAACAUCAAUGGUGCUCUGGUUCCCCCUGCUGCCCUCAUCAGCAUCAUCCAGAAGGGCCUGCAGUACGUGGAGGCUGAAGUCAGCAUCAAUGAGGACGGCACGUUAUUCGACGGCCGGCCCAUCGAGUCCCUGUCCCUGAUCGAUGCGGUGAUGCCGGACGUGGUCCAGACGAGGCAGCAGGCCUACCGGGACAAAAUGGCCCAGCAGCAGGCCGCAGCUUCAGCGCCGGCGUCGGCCACCGGGGGCAGCAUCGCCGGCAACGCCAAGAACGGAGAGAAUACUGCCAACGGGGAGGAGAACGGAGCCCACGCCUUAGCAAACAACCACGCAGACCUGAUGGAGGUGGACGGAGACGUGGAGAUCCCUCAGAACAAGGCCAUGGUCUUGAGGGGCCACGAGUCGGAGGUCUUUAUCUGUGCCUGGAACCCAGUCAGUGAUCUGCUGGCGUCAGGGUGAGUCCUCCAGCCUCGUUCUGCUGCCCUCCUAAGAUCAGAGGAGGUGUUCCGAUCCGACGUAAGGCCGCUUCUGUAGUUUCUGACUUUUUGUGGAUAGACUGUUCCAGCCAAAGAGAAAUGUCAUCAGCUGUGUCAACGGUAAUCAAAACACCAUCUUUAGCUGCCAAAGAC